AGAAUAAUUUUGACAUUUAAUUAUAGGUUAGGUUGUGUUAUGUGUAUUGGAUAAAAGUAAACUUAUUUAAAAUGAACUUUUCUAUAAUUAAAAGUGUUUGUAGACAUGCCUCUGCUUUAUAUUACCAAUCAAGAAACGUAACAUUCGCUGCCUUGUCACUUCCAGCUAGAACUAUUCACACCACCCGACCUAACAAUGAUUUGAUGGAAUUUUUUGAUACUAAGAAAAAUUGGAGUGAGACAAAUAUAAGAGUGGGCAGAUCUUGGAAAUUGGAUGAAUUAAGAAUAAAGUCGAAUGUGGAUUUGCAUAAACUAUGGUACGUACUACUUAAGGAGCGAAAUAUGCUUUACACUAUGGAGCAUGAAUGUAAUGAGCAAACACGAUUGUUUCCUAACCCUGAACGAAUUGAUAAGGUUCAAGAGUCAAUGAGUAACAUUGAGACAGUUAUCAGAGAACGCAAUGUUGCAUACUAUAAGCUAGAAACUGGUGAAACUGGCGAACGGCCAGUAGAAGAUGUGAUCAACAUAUUUGGUCUACCAGAAAAAUACAAUAAACAAGAGUACUAUAUACCUCAAUUUAUGAAUAGCAGGUGGGUCAGGCCUUACUUAGAACAUGGCUAUAUAAACAGUUUUGCUGUCAAGAAAUUUUAUAGACUUUAUAAAGAAAAACAGUACAAUAUAGCAAGAAAAGCCCGUAAUAGAGACUUCAAUCAUGUGCAACAAUUACUAAAACGUUUCCCAAACAUGGAUAUGGAAAAGUUGAAAGCUGAAUAUCCAAAUGUUGAUAUAGAAAAAGCUAAGAGAAGUAAAAAAGCAAGAGGGCAUUACAUGCCUUUGUACUAGCAUCAUUUAUAUUAAUGUUUUAUGAUUAUUUAAUAAAAAAUAGAGUCAAUGAUAA